AAGCAUUGCGAACUUGUUAUGUGAAGUUUGGUUAGAAUUCUAUCUUUAUCUUCCAUCUUCCAUGCACUUUAGAUUAUGAUUGUUCUGGAAUCUUUGAAUUUCGUUUUCUUAAAGGAAGAUUCUAAAGUUCUAAUUUUCGUGAAGGGAUAAGUUCUACAUUUGUAGUUUUAUUCUAUUCAGUAUUACCACAGGUAUUACUUAUUAAAUAUUCAAUAAGAGGCAUUGCAAUCAAUAAUGGCGAAAAUAGUUGUGUAAUUUAUAAUAUUAUUGCAUCAAGUCACGUCACUUCAGGUUCCAUUACAAAAAUGGCUUUGGUAAAGAACAUUCGAGUUUUAGAAAAGAAUAUUCCUGGUCUGCCGUAUAGCAUUCUACUCGAGAAGCGAAAUGUAGAAACCAGUUUACUACUAGAGUCUCAGGCUAUUAUCCUUCUCGAACAAACUGAGAAGGAAGACAUGAAGAAAAAGCAUACUAAUAAAUUAUGCGAAGCCUACGGAACUUUGGGUAUCCUAACUGCAACUUCAGGCCAAUAUCUAAUAAUGGUAACCGGACUGACAUCUGUGGGCGAACUAGGAGAUGGUUGUACUAGCAUUUAUCGUAUCACACAAACGACGUUUAUUCCUCUUCGUGGUCCAUAUGCUGAGGAUGAGAAAAUAUCGGAUCUCAGGAAAUUGCUUAGCUCUGGCAUGUUCUACUUUUCGUGGUCGCCCAGCGAUAGACCACCAGCUGAUAUCACCAUGUGUGCCCAGAGGAGGACUAAGGUCUUCCAACCUGACAACAGAUUUAUGUGGAAUCGAACUCUACACAUUCCCUUCAUCAUGGCUGGCAUCAAAUGCGACGUCUGGCUAUUAAAAGUUAUUUGUGGAUCCGUUGAGAUUCGUACAGUGUUCGUCGGAUCUAGAAAAGCACGUGCCAUAAUUUUCUCACGUAUAUGCCUUGAAAGAGCAGGCACAAGAUUCAGUCUUAGAGGACUGAAUGACGAAGGAUUUGUAGCCAACUUUGUUGAGACUGAACAAAUGAUUGUCUGCGAUAGAUCAUCUACGUCUUUUGUACAAUUACGGGGAUCAGUGCCGAUAUUCUGGGAGCAGCCUGGAAUCAAGGUUGGAUCACAUAAAGUGAGAAUUUCCAGGGAAUUCUUACCUACCGUCAUCCCUUUCCAGAAGCAUGUGAUGGACUUAAAAGAAAAAUACGGUCAUCAGGUUUUCGUCAAUCUGUUGAGUAAUUCUCUUAGUAAAGAAGGAGAAGCACUUCUAAGUCAAGCAUUUGAGACUCAUCACUCCUCCUUGCCAGAAUGCAAAGACAUUUUUUUUGUAUCAUUUGACUACCUCCAAGAAAGCAGGGCGGGAGCUCUAAAGUGCCUCAACAAAUUGAAGACCAAAGUUGAUAAUCAUAUGCAAGCACACGGAUUUUUCUUCGUUCAUUGGGAGGAAUCGGAAACAAAGUACGAAAAUAAGUGUAUACAGUAUGGCACAAUCAGAACUAACGGCCUCGAUUGUCUUGACCGUACUAAUACUGUGCAAUCAUUUUUUGGACUCGAGACGCUUGAAAAGCAACUGGAUCUGUUGGGUCUGCUCCACUCACAGAACAAAAAUCACACGCUCAAUCGCUUCCGAGAAGUAUUCACUCAGCUUUGGGCCGCCAAUGGAAAUGAACUGAGUAAAUUCUCGACCGGCUCUGGAAACAGCGGCAGCUCUAUGCUGAUGGAUGUUUCACGUUCAGCUGCCAAAACUGUGCGAAGCAAUCUUCUGGACACCAGCAAGCAAGAAGCUAUCGAUCUUUUACUCGGCAAUGCGGCUGCUGCUCAGUUAGCUGACAAAGCUAGAUGUCUUCUAUCACCUUCAGUCUUUUAUGCCCCAAAUCGUGUUUUAAGAGAGAUGAUUACACGUACGCCAUCUUAUUCACGGACCAGGAAAUUGAGAAUUUCCGUUGGCACAUAUAACGUUAAUGGAGGAAAACACUUUCGUAGCAUUGUGUUCAAGUCAGUGUCAUUGGCCGACUGGCUCUUGGACUGCCAUAAAACCCAACAACAAAGAUGCGCAGAUCCCAUUCCUGAUCCAAAUCUGAGAAUUGGUACUACUAACUUUGGUACUGAGAUCUUUGCGAUUGGAGUGCAAGAAAUUGUAGACUUGAACGCUGCUAAUAUUGUUAGCGCAAGUUCAAAAAAUGCGAAAGAAUGGGCGCAAGAAUUAUUGAAGGUCAUUUCUCGGGAUGAGGAAUACACAAUUCUGACCCAUGUGCAGUUGGUUGGAGUUUGUUUGUUCAUUUUUGUAAAACCUCACCUCGUUCAACACAUACGAGAUGUGGACGUGGAUUCGGUCAAAACGGGACUUGGAGGCGCGACUGGGAACAAGGGAGCAGUAGCGGUACGAUUUACGGUGUACAACUCAUCGGUGGCGUUUGUUUGCGCUCAUUUCGCCGCUGGCCAAUCGCAAGUAGCAGAACGAAAUGCUGACUUCGCCGAAAUCACCAGAAAAAUGUCAUUUUCUGGUCGAUCUCUAAACUGCCAUGACUAUGUAUUCUGGUGCGGUGAUUUCAAUUACCGCGUUGACAUGAGCCGAGAAGACAUUAUGAAAUGUCUCAAUGAUGGCAAACGACAAGCUGUUUUUGCUCAUGAUCAGCUCCAGAAGGAGCAACGAGCUUGGAAGGUGUUCUCAAAUUUUCUGGAGGGCCCUAUUGACUUCGACCCAACUUAUAAGUACGAUCUAUUCUGUGUGGACUAUGAUACUAGCGACAAGCAGAGAUCGCCCGCAUGGACCGACAGAGUUCUAUGGAGGAGGAAGAAGCAGUUUUACGAACGUGAUGCUGGAUGGAGUCAAGGUAGAUGUAUGUUCUACGGAAGAGCCGAACUGGUGCAAAGUGACCAUCGGCCUGUCAUUUCUAUUAUCGAAAUCGACAUUCAGGAAAUUGACAAGCUGAAGCGAUCCGAAGUGUUCGCUCACGUCAUCGAUGAUCUUGGACCACCCGAUGCCACAAUCAUUAUCCACGCUCUCUAUUCUGAAGAAGAGUGCUUCACGGACGAUUACGUUAGCGCAGUUGCGCAUGAGUUCUCCGUUUUCGGAGAAGUGUUAUUCGUGAGACACGUCGGUUUCAAUAAACUGCUCCUGACACUCCGGGAUGGUCAAGCAGUCUUGGCAGCUUGCAAGAAACGCUUGGUCAAGGUGUGCGGUGUGACGCUGCACUUGUCCUAUACUGCUUCAAGGUGGAAUAACCGCUACCUCAAACAAAUCAACAUUUGCAGCAGUAAAACUGGUGCAAUGAACAGCUACUUGAGACCACUAUGGAUUUGUGAAUUCAUCAACCAACAAGAAGACGACGCAACUGAAGGCGAAGCAAUUGCUUCGACAUCGGCUGUGACUGAUGAACCACUGCCAGUGCAGGCUCAAAAAUCGGUCGAACCAUACCUGCUUCCAAUUCGGUUGCAGGAUUUAGAGGGUGAAAGACAAGUCGAAGAGCUCAACUCAGAUGUGGUUUAUGAAGAGAUAGAAGAAGAAGGAGCCUGCGCCUUACCACCGCCGCCCUAUGUACCACUGCUGCCACCUCCACUCCCGCCUGUGUUGAGGCGGCUUCCCCCUCCCGUACCGCCCCGCGCUGGCAUACCGCCUCCCAUCCCACCCCGUCAAGGAGGGAUCUGAGCUCUUAAUUCUAUGCAGUAUGACAUAUAGUUGUAUAUACAGUCGUAAUUUAUGUAAAAAUUCAUAUAGUAUCAGAAGUACUAAAGUCAUUUUUUUAUUUUAAGUAUAAGCUAAUCAUUCGAUGAUUCAUGCAAUUGGUGGCUUAGAAUUUGUUUUUGUAAAUUAUUGUAAAUAAUUAAUUUUUGAUGUGUAAUUACCACGCAUCCAUUAUCUUUGUUUUUCAUCGUAGAAGAACUACAAUAGGAACUCAGGAAUCCUCGCGUCAAUCCUUAUUCUUUAAUUAUGUUAAAAACAUAUUAUUUUUAUUUUUUUUUGUUGAUAACUUCUUUCUGUGUCCUAGGUUUAGAGAGUUUUUGUUAUUUGAAAUCUUUAAUUUUUGUAAUCGGAGUUGUGCAAUAUACAUUCCACUCCCGGAUUUUUUUGUUCAAUUUAUCAUAUUCGAAUGGAGUAUUUUAGUAGGGCUACUUGAAUUGUAAUUGAAAAAUAAAUGAUUUCACAGUACCUUUUUUACAUAAAACACAACUAGUUUCGGCUUUCAAACCAUUUUCAAGAUUUUUCCAAAAUGAAUCAUUCUGGAAAGGUCAUUUGUAAAUGUUUCUUUACUGGAAAUAAUUCAUUUUGGAGAAAAAAAUUGAAAUUGUCUUGAAAGCCGAAACUAUCUGUUAUGUUUUAUAUAAGAGUUUAUAAAAAGUUUUGAAAAAGGGGUACUAUAAAAUUAUUUCUUUAUUCAUUAACAUAUUCGAAUAGAUUUGGUAAAUUUUGAUGCAUUUCACCAGCUUUAACUGUAUAAAAAUUUGUGAUUGUUCUAGUUAUAUCAAAUACGAGGGUAAAGGUUCAGUUCCUUAGCGGCGACUCGAGACGCGUGGUUAGAGCUGCGACGGCUAGAGCACAUAGCCUAUAUGUUCAUUAGAUUCGAUUAUUCAUUGGAAUAAUCCACUAAUCUAAUGAAUUUAUAGGUUAUGUGCUCUAGUCGCGGCAGCUCUAACCACGCGUCUCGAGACGCCGCUUAAGAAUUUCACCUUGAUACACUCAUAAAUUUAUGAAUACAUUUAUUUAUCUCUGCAGUAUUAUCAUUUUGUGUUAAUGACAACUGCUUUAUUAUCGGUCCUUUUUAAGUACAGAACCGUAUGUUUCAAGCUGGCAGAUUAGUGAAUAUGAUCUUUGAUCUUAUUUAUUAGUGUCAAUAUUAACUGAUAAUCCAACUCCCAGUAAAUGUUAGGUUGAAAAUAUGUCUCUCAUAAAAUAAAAAAACUAAUGCCCGUU